AUGUCGACAUUAGCCACUCCCGCCGACUUCAUGCAAAUUUGCACUUACGCGUUUUUUGAUCAGUAUCUGUGGAGUAUUCAAGCUUUUCAUCGGGACCAGGCUGCCUCGACCUACUCCAACACCCCGGAGAUCAUCUUCGAAUUCUUGGCACAAAUUCCAGAUAUGAUGGAAAGCUCAAGGCAGUACAUGGCAAUGUAUCGGAACAUGGGAGGCCACCGUCUUGACAAAAGAAGCUUUGAGUUGUUCCAAGCCGUUCUAGAGGCACUCAUUCAUGUGAUGCAGUUCUUUCUCAACAGCAGGCUCAGUAGGUUGCCUUCCGAUUUCCAGAUACUAAUCAACAAUGAUCUUUCCCAAGCAGGCUAUGACUUACUAACUAAUUAA